CACAAAACAACAAAUAAAUCAAUAUUCAAGAUGUCGAGCUCUGAACUGUGUCCCGUGUAUGCACCAUUCUUUGGUGCAAUGGGCUGCACUGCUGCUAUCGUCUUCACCUGUCUCGGUGCUUCGUACGGUACAUCAAAAUCCGGUGUCGGUAUUAGUGCAAUGGGUGUCUUGCGUCCUGACUUGUUGAUCAAGUGUAUUAUUCCAGUCGUUAUGGCUGGUAUUAUUGCCAUUUAUGGAUUGGUCGUUAGUGUUUUGAUUUCGGGUGGAAUUGAAAACCCAAUGACAUUAUACGCCGGUUUCAUUCAAUUAGGAGCAGGUCUUUCUGUCGGAUUAUCUGGUUUGGCAGCAGGAAUCGCAAUCGGAAUUGUGGGAGACGCAGGUGUAAGAGGAACAGCUCAACAACCAAGAUUGUUCAUCGGUAUGAUUUUGAUCUUGAUUUUCGCAGAAGUUUUGGGAUUGUACGGAUUGAUUGUUGCUUUGAUUCUCAACACACGUGCAUCUGAAGGACCAUCAUGCAAGUAAGAAGGGAGAUGAUGAAAGCGGGAAUGUAGAUCUGGCACGGACCUGGAGAGGUUCCAUUGGAUCAGACGGGUCAAGCCAGGUCAAUAGAUCCUUCUCAAACAUCUUCUACAAGCAUUAUCACACAUCAAGUGCAAUCACCUACUCCACACAUUUUUCCUUUCCCAUAUAAACACAAAUCAAGAUCAAUCUUUCUUUAUAUACACAUUUCGUAAAGAACAUGCAACACUAUUUCUCACUUUCUUCACCUGUCAUCCGAACGC